AUGGCUUGUAAAGCAAAGCUUAUGAUUCCUGAGGAUGAGAAGUACGAAGGAAAGCCAUUUGCCCUUUCACACGCAAGGACCGCCAUUACAACAAUAAAGGCGAAGUUCAAUACGCAGCAGUUACAGAGGUUCGAGGGGAGUUGUUUUGGUCAUCUAUUACUGAUAGAGGACCUGAAGUGGAAUUCACAAGUUGUCCACGGGCUGUUGAUGAGGAAGGCUGAUCCUAAGACAGUUACACAAGUGAAUGGGAUAAAAUUCAUUGUGGGUAACAAGUUGAUACAAUUCACAGCCCAAUACUUUUGCCUCAUCACGGGCCUAAGGUUCGGAAAGCUCCCUUUCAUUCCGAAGGCGACAAAUGAAAACUGCUCCUUGAAGCAGAAAUACUUCAAUAGCAAUAAACCUCCCAUCCUUUUGGACCUACACGCUGCCUUCAUCGAGUGCACAGAUGGUGACGAUGCGUUAAAGCUUGGAAUGGUCUAUUUUGCCAUUUUUGUGCUAUUGGUUUCUCCUGAUUACCAACGAGUGAAGGUGCCCCAAAACAAAAAAAAGCCCAACAAACGUGGGAAGAAGAGAGCGCAGACAAGAAUGGAAUGCAAUAGAGCCACAGAGUACAUCAUAAGGGGGUUUGGCUUCGCUCUUCAGAUUUGGGCUUUUGAAGUCUUCCCAGCAUUGGAAGCAUUGCAUUUCACGGUCCAUGAAGACAAUAGGCACAUCCCUCGAAUAUUACAUUGGAGGAGCAACACGGUGGCCCGUUUUCGGGAGGUUAUGAGUCAGGUUUAUGAAAACUUUGAGGUUGAUGUGCAACUUCUCCGGCCGACUAAUAUUGAGAAGCAACAACCUUACUGGAGUUGGGGUGAUGAUGAGAACAAUGAAGAAUUGUUCAAUUGUUUGGGGGUGAGGGCGAAGACAAAACCAGCACUUCUUGUGAAGAAAAAGAGGCGGAUGUUGAGGAAACAACUACCCUUCCCUCCUCUUCUAAGGUUGAAGCAUCAAUUAGAAAGCACUAAGGAUGAGUUAGCAAAGCUACGUAGUUCAAAUCGGGGCCUUAGGAACAGAGUUCGUGACUUGGAAGCUAUUGUAGACAAGAACUGUUUGAAGCAUGAGAAGGAGUGUGAUAGAAAUAAAAAGGCUAUUCGGGAUUUGACCCUAACAAUUGCUUCAGUGGAACAUUAUUUUAAAUUGGAGAUGGAGGAGUUAAAAAAAUUAUAUGGUGGAGAAGGGCAUGAGGAAGUGUGUACUGCUCAGAUGAAUGAAGGAGGGCAGAAUGAAAUGUCACCCUUGAAUGAACUUACUAGUCCGACUACAGCAGGGCCUAAAAUGGACGCACAAGUUGAAGGCGAUGGAGUGGAAGCCUUCCCUGACAUGCAUACAGAACGGGCUGAAAUGGAAGCAACAGUCUAUGGUGGAGUGGAAGGGGCUGAAAGGGAAGCGGAAGUCCCUGCUGAUGGAGUGGAAGCUUUUCCAGCCAUGCAUAUACAAGGGGCUGAAAGGGAAGCGGAAGUCCCUGCUGAUAUUGUGGAAGGCUUCCCAGCCAUGGAAGUUGAAGCCGCUGAAAUUGACACUUCAGUUGGUGACAAACAAGUGCACCAACAACCUCACAAGGUUCCUACUUCGGAAGAUGUGAAGGUUCCUAGUCUUGAAGAUCCCCUCAUUCCUAGUCCGGAAGAUAGGGAAAGGUACAGAGUUAUUUGUAAAACAAUGUUAAAUUUGUUAGAGGAUUGGAAUAAGAAAGAAAUUCAGGGGGUGGGACGCAAGGCGAGGCCUCCCAUGGAAACUAGUAUAAAUCUGGUUGGUGAUGAAGGGGACAAGGAGGCUAAUGCCACGGCUCAGAAACCAGAUGCGGAAGGCAAAGGAUGCAGACUGAAGCGGCCCGCGAAAACAUUGUUGAGUCCAUUCACUGAUCCCUCCAGGAAAAAGAGGCCGACUACUGGUUUUCAUGCACAGACACCUGAGGCCUGUUUUGAUCCAACACAACCCGUGGCCAUGGACGAUGUGAAGGCUAUGAUACAAGUUUGCAAGGCUUGGAAAAGUGACAUCAGUGCGGAUCUGGAGCUCGAACCAUUUGUAGUUGGGGCAGAUUUUUUUUACAAACUUGUAGAUGAAACUGCAUGGAUGAGCUCGAGGCACCUUGACAUGGCCAUGUUUCUAAUACGCAAAAGACAACUCUCUCAUCCUCAAGUAUUUGGAACGGAGUGGACAACUGCCGAGUUUUGUCUGCAGGUCUAUCUCCCGUAUAAUGUUCGACAAUCCCAUUGGGUGGCUGUAGAGAUUGACUUUGUCAGACAUACUGCCACUGUCUACGACUCGUAUACUGUUUUUACCUCCAACACAAUGCUUGUCCGACAAAUGGAGCCUAUUACCCAGACGCUUGCAAAGGUGUUGUAUGACAUGAGGUUUUAUGAGAAAUCGGAGGUUGAAGCGGUGAAGAGAAAGGGGAUUGACAUGUCAACGUUUAACCCAUUCACAAUUUGUAGAAUUUCCGAUGUUCCUCAGCAAAGUGAUGGUAUGUGCACUUCUAACUUCUGUACUGCUCGGGUGGACAGUACCUCAUGUGGCAUUAUGAUCGUCAAAUUUAUUGAGUAUCUCAGUGUUGGCAUUCCUUUUAAUACCAUUGACCCAGCCAAGUUUGGCUACUACCGAUUGAAGCUUGCAAUCGAGGCUCUCAGGGGAGAGGCCUAUGUAUGA